AUGCCAAUCAACAAAGCCAAGUCGCGCAUCCGGUUCCAAGGCCACAAGAAGAAGGUUAGGCAGGAUGAUGGCGAGAAAGCGCAGCGCAAGUCUACGCGAACUGUUUUUGGCGGCGCAUCGGACUUGACAUUGGUUGAGGACGUAGUCAACGACGGGCCAGUGUUUGCGAAGAAGCGGGUUCCAUCGACCAACAAGUUUGGUAACCUGUUGCGCAGCAAUCUGAGCUCUUUACUGGCAGCAGCGAAGGCGUACACGGCGCGAAAAGAGGCAGCCGAAUCACCGGCCUCACUGACAUGCCAGCAUAUUGAGCGACUGCAGGAAGAAGACGACAACCCUCCAGCAUCGUUCUUGGAGCUUGCGCCUAUAUAUAGGCCGGUUCGCGACCACCUCAAGGCGACUAACCCCCAUGCUGUUGUGGACGAAGAUGACGCAGACAACAGUCCCUCAGCAUCACUCUUGGCAACAACGGCAAUAUACGCACCGAUCAAUGACCGUCUUGAGCAAGUAAUGCAAGCUCAUGACGCCUCUCCUGCGGCAACAGCUACGCGCGCUGUUGAACGCCCUGAAGGUCCUCCAGCAUCUCUGCUGGCAACAGCAGUAGAGGCCGUUGUACCAGUUGAUGACCAUGUGGAGCCAGCACAGCAAUCUCAAGCUUACGCUUCCUCAGCUGCAGAGUCUUGCGCCAUCAAGGAUGAUGAUGAUCCUCCGGCAUCUCUUCUAAUCGAGUCUCCAGAAUCACUCAGUAACUACAUCAGGCCCGUAGUAAGGUCAUUCAUAGUUCCUCUUCAACCUCAGAAGGCUCGACCAACGUUCUUACAACGAGUGGUCACUCUCUUUGUCGGCCGCCGUCAGUGUCCAACAAUCAGCGAGGAGUUACCAGCCACACCUGGGUCGACCAAAGCCCAGCAUCAAUCGGCUUCGACCUCUUCCAACUCACCUCAGCCGGUUCAAGAGCAAUAUGAAUCAGCGGCGACCUCUUCGAACCCACCUCAGCCGAGUCUACGAUCUCAAAAAGCUGCUGAGCAUCAAUCAGCUACGUCCACGACUUCCUCCAGCUUCCUCCGUCCCCCUACGCCACACCGACGAGCCAUAGUGCACUUUGGCGGUACACCUCGCAAACCCACCCUCCGCAAGAACCUCCCCCUCUCUCCUCCAAUCCUCGCUAUCCGCCGCCCAUACCGCCCCAUCGAUGAGCAUCUCAACGCUCCCUUCAUCGAGCCAGCAAAGGAGCACAAGUACACAGGUACCCACUUCGUAGCACCAGACAUCUUUCCACCCGCAGAAGUCCAGCUGGGAUUUCCUUCGGGAUCAUCAUCAACUAGCCCCAUCUUAUCAGUACGCCGGCAGAACUCCGAUGCCCAGCUGCUGGACCGCGAUGAGACGGUGUGGGCGAAGUGGUAUGCGAAGAACCCCACAACUGAGCACCUACCGUUCGCGAAGGUGGGAAGCAAUGAGCGGUUGGAUCAAGUGGGUGAGGAAGUCACGGAGCAGCAGGCUUGGGAUGCUCAUGCGGCUCAGCACGCAAGAUUUAGGGAAGCAGCGCCCGCGCCCACGUCAGAUGUUGAAGUGUCAAGGAAGAAUGAGGAUGAUGAGUAUGGGCGCGCUGCGAGGCUAAGGUAUCAUCCAGGGCAUUGCUUUGGUGCGUUGACGGGGGAUGUGUAUCCGUUCCAGGGUGGGCUCAUCAUUUGA